GCAUUACUGAGGAAUGUGGUGUUUGUUCCCUGGGUCUUUCAAGUGUGUCUUUACAGCCUGCUGCCACAGCAUGAGCAGGUGGCAUUGCUGUGUCCCUCAGCUGUGCCUUUAAGCAGCCCUGCAGCUCUGCCUGGCAUCCUGGAAGAAUCACAAGUCCACCCAUUUGGAAAGGAAGCAGUUAAAGUGGAAAAGUUGGCCAGGAAAUUGAAUAAACUCAAAGCAGUGCUCAGGUCUCCUGAUGAGGAGCUCAGUGGAGCCCAGAGCAGUGAACAGAGCUGCAGUGUCUGCAGGCUGCUGCUUCCCUCCCACUCCAUUGACAGCACUGCUGAACAAAAAAGGGAUUGGGCAGGGGACCACGAGCCAGAGGAGCUGGGGCUGCCAGCAGCACUGCUGGUCCCACUUUUCUAUGUGCCUUUGUGAAUCUCUCUGUGCUCAAGAUGUCUCACCACAUGAACAGCUCCACACUGCCAACCUCACAUCCCCCUGAGCACCAGCACCCCACCAGCACAGCCUCAGGCCAUGGGGGCCACGACAUGAUGAUGAUGGCCAUGACUUUCCACUUCAGCUGUGAGAAUGUGCCAUUGCUGUUCUCUGGACUUACAAUCAAUUCUCCUGGAGAGAUGGCUGGUGCUUUUGUGGCUGUCUUCUUCCUGGCCAUGUUCUAUGAAGGGCUGAAGAUCGCCCGGGAGUGUCUGCUCCGGAAAUCCCAAGUCAGCAUCCGCUACAACUCCAUGCCAGUGCCCGGCCCCAACGGCACCAUCCUGAUGGAGACACACAAAACUGUGGGGCAGCAGAUGCUGAGCUUGCCCCACCUGCUGCAGACUGUGCUGCACAUCAUCCAGGUGGUGGUCAGCUACUUCCUCAUGCUCAUCUUCAUGACCUACAACGGGUACCUGUGCAUCGCCGUGGCCGCCGGAGCGGGCACCGGGUACUUCUUCUUCAGCUGGAAGAAGGCAGUGGUGGUGGACAUCACAGAGCACUGCCACUAGCACUGGGGGUGCCUCUCCACCCCUCUGCUCCCUGCCAGCGCAGCCACACGAGGACUGGAGCAUUCCUAAGCUGCCAAGAGAAUCAUGAUAAAGAAAAUCAACUGGAGUUCACUACAGGUUCCUGGAGGGGUGCAGGGAUGUGAGGAGCUGGGACACGCUGCUCCCCUUGACUCCUGAGAGUCCAUGGCAGCCAUUCCUGGCCAGGAUUUGCUUUAUUCUUAGAUUAUGCUGUGAUUGAAAUUAGUUGGCUGACAGAACUGUAGAAAUUAUUUUAAAAGGAAAACAAAACCAUUUUAUUUUUAAAUUGUAAAUGCUCAUCAGUGAGGGUUUAAUGAACAGUAGGAAAAGAUCAGUUGCCAAUAAUGUGUGAAUGGCUGUUUUAAUUUUUUUUUUUCCAUGUGUACAUAAUGCCAGGGGAGGAGAUUGCCCUGGCAUUGUGGCUUUUGGGGCCAAUGACACCUUUUGCUGUAGGACUCAGCCUCAGAGGAAGAUUUGGUGCUGCACAUCAGACACGCUCAGGUGUGUCCUGGCAAGGGAGGACUUUGACCCAAGGAUGUGAGCUGUGUGCUUCAGGGACUGGAUGAAAUUGCCCUCCAAGCCCCCCAGAGAUGAUGAGUGUUGUCAGUCUGAUGUAUCCAGCAGCUUUACUCAGCCCCCAGGGAGAACACUUGAGUUGGGCUGCUUUCCCUUGCCAAUUAUGGAGCAGAUAAUGGUUCUGUAUUUACAGGGCAGAAAGAUUCCCAAUAAACCAUUGAUCCCACAGGUA